GCCAGCACUGUAUAAAAGUGACUCGAUGACGGUCAUCGAUUGAAUAUCUUUCAUUUCAAGUAACAUUGAACGAGGUCAAAAAGACAGUGGAAAAAAAAAAAGCGUUCCAGCCCUUUGCAAGAACUCAUUGGAUCGUUUUGUCUCCGUCAACUUUCUAGCCUCAUCACUUUAUUAAAGCAAAUUCCUUGGCUAGCCAGCUUUUCCUUUUUUCUCUUCGAUAUUGAUAAUGAGACGAAUCACUCCACUGAUGUUGAUAUUACUCUCAUCCUCUGCCUUGGGGGCUCCCCAAAUACUAUCUCAUCUAUUAGACAUUUCUGAUUCAAUGACCAACAGCAUCACUACGCCAACACCAACAUCUCAUACGGCUGAUUCUUCUGCUGCUGCAGCUGCUACUACUACUACACAACCGGCUGUCAACACACCCACGCCAUCACCCGUAACUACAUCCAAGGAAGCAAAAAAUCCUACGACAACCAGCUCUACUCAAGGUGACAAUCAUCAUGGAAGUCAGGACACUCCACCGGAUUCCUCAUCCGCCAUAGCUACAAGCUAUCAAAUCACACUACCUGCAUCUACUGUGGUCGCUUGGAGUACAAAUGCUGCCGUAGCCCCUGCAGAUUCUCAGCCAUCUUCUAGUACACCUUCCACGGGCGUCAUCAUUGGUUCUGUGUGUGCUUUCUUGGCUAUCCUAAUUGCUGGCGGAGUCUAUGCUUUCUUCUGGAAAACACGACGUCCUUCCAAUCGUCAAAUGGCUCGGUUGUAUGGUGGAGAGCAAGGUAUUAUGCAGGACGAUGACGAAGCUUCAAGCAAGAUGUUGAGCGACGAUCGACCAAAAUAUAGAACUGGGCCUGCUCCGUAUUAUUCCUACGCUCAGGAUCCUCCAGUGAUGUCGAGCCCAGCUAUGGCUGAGCCCCGUGUUUCCAUGCCACCGCGAGGAUAUGUGUCUCCCGAAUUAUCUAGCCAACGUAUACCCAUCUUCCAGCGACCAAAUGAAAAAUAGAAAUCUUCCAUACAGAACCUCCGUCUGUAUGGUCUGAAGCCAAGCGGCAUACAGACGCUCUCCCCUUGAAACAUAAGCAUCUCCCCUCAU